AUGGUGAAGAUUGAUGCUUUAGAAGAGAGGUUUAAGCAGAGGUCAAGUGACUUCCAGAGGAUGCAAGGCGAGCUCAAAACCAUUAAGCAUUUUCACAAAAUAAAGGCCAAUCUGGAAGAAGACCUAAUCAGUGUACUGCACAAUGAGAGAAACAUUUUAGUCUGGCGAGAACAGAAUACAAGUUCUACACAGCACGGGCAGCUUGGUACAGCUUCACAUUCUGUGUUCAAGGAGAAUGUACGGUUGAAUGAGGCACUGAAUUAUUAUGUGAAAGAGGCGGAAGAACUGAAGAGGACCAAUGUAGCCUUGACAGAGAAGAAUGCUUCUCUUGCUCUCUUAAAGGAGACGAAUGAACUGAUGAGAAAAGAAAGCGAUUCCCAGCUGAGAUCCCAACAAAAUGAGAUUUCCGAGCUGAGGGCUAAAUUGGUCACACUUGAGCAAGCUCUGGGCAUCAAAUCUGGGGAGUUUGAGCAGGAGAGAGAAGAGGUGGAGCGGCGUGCCAUGGUCAGCAUGCAGGCCAACAGCACAGACCUCGAAAGAUUGGAAUUGCUUCUAGAUGCCCGCGAAAAGGAGCUGGGCCAAGUGAAACGGCUGGCUCAAAGCAUCAUCGAGCAGCGCAAAGAACUUGAGCUCUUCUUUCACGAAACUCUUGACCAUGUGAGGAAGGAAAUAAGAACACAACAACAACUCUACAGACAGGAGAUUCUGAAGGCAUAUCGCUGGAGAAUGAAUGAGGCUCGGGCUGGAAGGUUGGAGUAUCCUCGUAUACAGACCUUCUCUAAUGCCCCGCACAGCACCAACGAUGUUCAGACUGACCUGGAAGAAGCUGACAAAUGGUGUGAGAGCUGUUAG